UAAUUUACAUAACACAUAAAAUGAGUAUAAUUGACAGCAAUAUAAAAUAAUACAAAUAACAAUUGAUGAGAACACAUAGCCUAACUCAACACCCCCGAUGUCAAACACCUUCCAAUGCCACUGCCUGUUAUCAUUCCCGUCUUCAUUUAGGUUGUAUUUAACCGUGGUUAACCCGUGUUUGUCUCAAGACUUUCACUGCAUAGAGCAGCAAUUAAUGCUGAGGACAUUCAGACUGCCAAAUAAAGGAAAUCGGGAUAAAUCUGUGUACUCCCAUUUUAAAAGCUUAUGAACGACACAAAGCAAACUAGAACGACAGUUCCAUAUUCCUUCAUCCCACUCCAGUCCAGAUGGUGGCAGUAAAGCGUAGUUUUCUGGUUGGUUUGCCAACCAUCAGUAGUCCGCAAGUAAGAACAUUUCACAGAAGUCAACGGGAAAAGUUAUUGAGGAUUCGUCGAUAUUGGUUUAAGAAAGACAGAGUUUCAUCGCUUUUGCUGUGAUAAACUUUUCUUGACACCAAAUGAACAGAUCUCCGUGCGUGAACUUAUUUAAGAAAACUCUGGACGAGAUCAAAACAGGGUCCGUUGCUAACAUGGAUCUGGGACUGCCGUUGAGCUCUGGCUGUGAUGAAACACACCAGGUACCCCUGAGACUGAGUGUGAAAGAAAAGGACAUAAAAGAAGAGGAAUAUGGACAUAUGAUUACAUGCCAAGAUGACGAAGAAAAGCCCAUUGCAGAUCUUCACUGUAAAACGGAAACGGACUUGUCAGAGUCACUAAGCUCCACUUAUAAUGAAACACUACAGACAACAGUGGAUGUUAAAGUGAAGAAGGAAGAGGGUGAGCAACAACACAACGAUUGUCCUCUGGAAACGCUGAGACUGCGCCACGAGCUGGAGAUGACCAAACUCAAAGUAGAGUGGCAGCAGGAGAUGCUCAAGGAAGUGACCAAGGAGAGAGACUUUCUAAGGGAACAACUGGCUAUGACAGUAAGAAAAAAGGACAAGAGCGUUCGAUCAGAGGACAGCACAAAUGCCUUAAAGCAAACCACUUCCGGCGCUUCAGCUACUUCCUCUUCUGAUUCCUCCGACUCGUCAUCCGACUCUUCAUCCGCGGAUGAGGAACGGAAGAAGAAAAAAAAGAACAGCAAAACAGUAAAGCGACGGAAGCAGGGGAAAAGGGGAAAGAAAAGACAGGAGCAAAGUAUUCACCAGAGAGCUCGAGAUCCUGAGGAAGUGGUGGCCCGAUACAAAAAGGUCUUGAAGAUCUACCAGAGGGGAAAGACCAUGGUUGCUGCCUUCAGAGCUGUGGGUGUUGACCGCAACACCAUUGUCGUCAAUGCCCCAAUUGCAGAACUUUUCAUCGCCGCCCCAGAAAAAUUUGCAGCGCUGAAAGAGAAGAGCCCUAAGAAGGAGAAGCUCAUCUGCUUUGCACAAAUGUGUAAAGAUGCCAUUGAGGCUGAUGACGGCAUUGAUAAAACAAUUAAAUAUUACAAAGAGUCAGGUAAACUUCUGCCCAUAAAUAAAGGCAAGUAACCUAGACUGGCUGAUGAUCAUCAUUGUUGUAGUUGCGUUGUUGCAUUUUUUUGUUGUUGUAUUUAGCAGAUUUCAGUCAUUAGAACGCAUUGUUAAAUGUGCAUUUGUUGUCAGUGUAUAUUUUUCCAAUAAAAUUUUUCCAAUUUCGCUUUA